UGCCCCCCACCCUCCCGCGCCGCUGCCACGUCGUCAUCCCGUGCCUUCCUCCCACCAACUCACCGGCGAGGCGCAUCUCGCCGCGGCGAUGCGGUAUAUAUCCGAGCACCGAGCCUGAGCCCCCACCGCCCUCGCGAAAAUCACCAGACUGCCCCUCGCCGAGAGGAAAGGGGGAAGGGUUUUUUUUUUUUCCUUCAGGUUUUGCGGCAGUGAGCCAGCGACCGAGAGAGCGGCAGGUAGCUUCCCCUGACAUGACGCCGCAUCUGCCCGUGCACUCCUCCACCCGCUCCGCCGCCCACCACCUGCUCGGCGCCGCGCCCCCCUCGCCGGCGAUGCCGCACCACCACCGCCGGCGGAGACGGCGCCGGGUGCCCGGGGGGGCCCGCCCGCGCGCGCUCGUGCGGUGCUGCGCGGCCGCCGCGCCUGCGCCGACUCCGCGGGAGGCGGCGGCGGCGACGACGACGCGGGUGUUUGUGGUGUCCGACCUCCACACGGACUACCCGGAGAACAUGGAGUGGGUGCGCCGCCUCCCGGCCGAGGUCAGGGCGGGGGAGGGAGGGGUCGACGCGCUCGUCGUGGCCGGGGACGUAGCGGAGACGCGGGACAACUUCGCGCGCACCAUGGCGGCGCUCAGGGAGAGGUUCGGAGCCGUCUUCUACGUGCCCGGGAACCACGACCUCUGGCUGCGCCGCGAGGGCGGCCGCUACGUGAGUCGAUUCCUCCCUCCCUUCCUUCCGUUCCUCUCGGCCUUCCUGGCGCUGCAAGCAAGUGAGCUGGGUGUGGAUACAGGCCCAAGAAUGAUAGGUGACUUGGGAAUCAUACCAUUGUAUUCAUGGUACCACAAGAGUUUUGACAAGGAGAAGGAUGUUAACAGUGUGCGCGUCCCAUCACUAGAGAUGGCUUGUAAAGACUUUCAUGCUUGUCAAUGGCCUGCAGACCUGACAAAUGAUGAUGAAGCUCUCGCUCUUUACUUUGACAAACUGAAUGACAAGAAUCAUGAUGCUAUUGAAGAAGUAAAAAAUAGCAGCAAACAGAUACUAACAUUUUCACAUUUUGUACCAAGGCAAGAGUUAUGUCCAGAGAAGCGGAUGCUUUAUUACCCAUACCUUCCGAAGGUUAUCGGCUCUGAUUUUUUGGAGAGGAGGCUGAGAGCUAUACACAGUAACAGAAAAGAUGGAGCAGCUUGCCAUGUUUUUGGACAUACACAUUUCUGUUGGGAUUCUGUGGUUGAUGAGAUCAGGUAUGUGCAAGCACCUCUGGCAUACCCUCGAGAAAGAAAACGGAGGAUGAACGGUGGCGAAGGAUGGCUGCCAUUUUGUGUAUACCGUGAUGGUUUCAACCCUGAAAUAUAUCCGGCCUUGUGGUCGGACUACUACAACAAGAACAAAAGGGAACCUGAGAACACUCAGCUUGCGCCAUGGGUUGCCAGACAUUUCGCAAAGUAUCACCAAUUUCACUGACCCCCUACUGCCAGCUCCUUGUAUUUUGCCGAAUUGGAUACAGUUCAUCUAUUCAGUGCGGUCUGAAGUCUGCAUUUUCCUGGAGGAAAAAAGAGAUAUUAACGUCUUACAUGUACAUGUCUUUUUCUUGUUUCCACUAUUGCCCUAUAACUUUUGGGCACUGAAGCGCCCGCUUGUGUUCAAUACUUCAAUGUAUGUUGCAGAAUAAUGUGUAAAGAUUCUUCGAAGCCUUGCUGCAGAGUAACAGAGAUAGUGACCAUUUAGCUGA